GUCGCCUAGUAACUCGCGCCACGAGAAGCACGUAAGGUUGGCUUUACUGUACGCCUGCGCUCUGACGAGCUCUGCGCAGGCGCACUUCCAACGUUUGAGAGGAGGGCGGAGUGUCGUUCCCUUUCGCUGAUGCAAGAGCCUAGCGCGGUGCUGUGAGAGGUAUCGGUAGGAGCUACGCUGACUCCGGGGUGUGAAGCCGACCGGUCUGACUUUUCAUCACUGCCGAACCCACUCGAACCACAGCCAUGUCCGGGGACGAGAUGAUUUUUGAUCCUACUAUGAGCAAAAAGAAAAAGAAGAAGAAGAAGCCUUUUAUGUUAGAUGAAGAAGGUGAUGCCCAGACAGAAGAAACCCAGCCCUCAGAGACAAAAGAAGUGGAGCCAGAACCAGCUGAAGAGAAAGAUGUGGAAGCCGAUGAAGAGGACAGUAGGAAAAAAGAUGCUUCUGAUGACUUAGAUGACUUGAACUUCUUUAAUCAAAAGAAAAAGAAGAAAAAGACAAAAAAGAUAUUUGAUAUUGAUGAAGCUGAAGAAGCUAUAAAGGAUGUUAAGAUUGAAAGUGAUGCUCAAGAGCCGGCCGAGCCGGAGGACGACCUUGACAUUAUGCUUGGCAAUAAGAAGAAGAAAAAGAAGAAUGUGAAAUUCCCAGAUGAAGACGAAAUACUAGAAAAAGAUGAAGCUUUAGAAGAUGAAGACAGCAAAAAAGAUGAUGGCAUUUCAUUCAGUAACCAAACUGGGCCUGCUUGGGCAGGCUCAGAAAGAGACUACACAUAUGAGGAGUUGCUGAACCGAGUGUUCAACAUCAUGAGAGAAAAGAAUCCAGAUAUGGUUGCUGGCGAGAAGAGGAAAUUUGUUAUGAAACCUCCACAGGUCGUCCGAGUAGGAACUAAGAAAACUUCUUUUGUCAAUUUUACAGAUAUCUGUAAACUAUUACAUCGUCAACCCAAACAUCUCCUUGCAUUUUUAUUGGCAGAAUUGGGUACAAGCUUUCUUUUUUUUUUUUUGGUUCUUUUUUUCGGAGCUGGGGACCGAACCCAGGGCCUUGCGCUUCCUAGGUAAGCGCUCUACCACUGAGCUAAAUCCCCAGCCCCGGUUAACAGCUUUCUUGACAUACAGCUCACAAUUUUAGUAUGACUAUAUCAGAUAUUACUGAAUCAAACUGUAGUAUUUUGAUUUUUUUAAAUUUAUUUUGUGAUAGGGUCUUACUAUGUUGCACCGGCUGGUCCCGAACUAGGUGCUCAUAUUGAUCUCUUGGCCUAAGUUACCUGAUAUCUGGGAUUACUGGUUCAUACCACAGUAUGUGGCUUAGAUUAUUUAUAUAUUGAUGUUUUCAGAGACGGUCUCAAUGUGUGCCCCAGGCUUGCCUUGAACCCAUGGUGGCCCUCCCGUUUCUGCCUCUCACAUGUUGGGUGUACCACCAUGCUUGAUUUCAGAAUUUAAAAACACCGUAGAGCCCUUUUCUGUUUAUACCUCCCUCAGAUUUGCAGUUAUGCAUCAGUAAAAGUUUUUUUUUUCUUUGUUGGUUGAAUAAGCAAUCAAACACAAUUAAGGAAUCUGUUUUGGACAUAUAAAGUCAGCUAUAAAUCAGUCCAGUUGUUUCUAGAGAUAGCUGAAGUUGAAUUAAACGUUAAGAAAUAUGAGUAAGUCAUUAAAUUAAGAAGAACUUUGAAGAUCCCAGCAGUAGUGGUGCAUACCUUUAGCCUGAACUCGGGAGGUAGAGGUAGGUGGAUCUUGAGUUUGAGGCCAGCCUUGUCUACAGAGAGAGUUCCUGGACAGCCAGACUACAUAAAGAAGCCCUCUCUCAAAAAGAAAAAGAAAAAAAAUAACUUGAGAGCUGGAGAGAGAGGAGUCUGCAGUGUAGAGCAGAAACUGCUCUUAUAAAGGACCUGAGUUAGGUUUCUGACACUUGUGUUGAGUGGCUUACAACCACCUGUAAUUCCAGUCCCAGGCAAUCUAACACCUCUGGCUUGUAUAGGAACCAGCACUCAUAUGCAGGUACCCCUAAACAAACACAUACAUCAUAUAUACAUACAUACAUACAAACAUAAUUAAGAAUAAAUGUUUGCAGAAGGUAAACUUUCUAAAAAAAUUUUUGAGGCUAAGUAUAGUGGUGUAUAUACCUGAAAUGUUAGCACCUGAAAGGCUGAGACAGGAGGACACAUAAGUUCCUGUCUAUAAAAAAGAAAGAAAACAUCAACUCUAGAAAUUAUCUUAUGCUACUGAAUGUAUUUUUCUCAAGCAUGAAGGUGCUCGCUCAAGAAAGCAACAAAAAUAAUGGGGGUGUUUUGUUUUCUUUCAUAGUGGUUCUAUAGAUGGUAAUAACCAACUUGUAAUCAAAGGAA